CGUGAUUUUCAUUAUAUAUAUAUAUAUAUAAAAGGGAUCAUUCUCCCCUCUUCAUUCAUUUUUAUUUCAUUCAUCUAAUAUCCUUUACAUAUGCUCUCCAAAAUUCUCCUCUUGUUAGCUGUCAUCUGUUUCCUCGGUCUCGUACAAGCUGCUCCCCUUGGUUUUCCCCUCAUUACAGACCAUGCAGCACAAACAUCUGAUUUUGACGUUCAAGCAGUCAACACCGCGUUGGACGAUCAACUCGGUACCACAUUCCUGGAAGCCAUCGUUGGUCCUAGCAGAGGCCAACACAAGGCUCAACAAUAAAUGAAACUAAUAAAAAUAAUAAUAAAAAAAAGAAAAUUUGGCUGAGAGUCUAAUAUAAAUUACAUGUGAUUUAAUAAUUCAAGCCAAAUUGUUUUUUUUUUUUU